AUGUGCAUUUUUAGAGAGAAAAGAGAGCUUACAAAUGAUGCAAGAACCAGAAUUGCUAAUUGGUUACUAGUAAAAAAAUCCACUGGAAAGUUGAAAAGGGGUACCGUGAAAGAAGCAUUAGAGCUUUUUGGAGUGCAUCGAACCACAAUCUACAGAAUUUUGAAGCAAGCAAAAGCUCUAUGGCAAAACGGUGAUGCAGUCAACAUGGACUCUAAGAAACCCAAAAGGGUUGGCAAGAAAGGUAAACACAUUGACUUAAGUAAAAUUUCUGAAAUUCCAUUUCACAAAAGGGGCAACAUUAGGGCACUUGCAAUAGCAUUAGGUGUUUCUAAGAGCACCAUUCAUAGGUUUAUCAAAAGUGGUCAAAUCAAGCCACACACAAAUGCAUUAAAACCAGCACUUACAGAAAAUAAUAUCAAGGAAAGACUAAAAUGGUGCCUCAAAGCCAUUGAUCAAGACAAUGGUAUGUUCAACGAUAUGUACAACACAAUCCAUUUAGACGAGAAAUGGUUCUACAUGACAAAAGGGACACAACGUUAUUACCUACUCCCAGGUGAAACACAGCCUUAUAGAACGUGUAAGAGCAAAAGAUUUGUCACAAAAGUCAUGUUCCUAUGUGCCGUUGCUAGGCCACGAUUUAAUGCAGAUGGAGAAUGCAUUUUUGAUGGGAAAAUAGGAAUGUUUCCGUUUGUCAGGUGGGUGCCUGCAAAAAGAAGAAGCAGAAAUAGGCCAGCAGGUACAUUAGAGCUCAAACCAGUUACCUCAGUCACAAAAGAAGCUUAUAGGAACAUGUUAAUCAGACAAGUGAUCCCACCAAUCAUGCAAAAGUGGCCAGAUAACGAUCAAGGUCCAAUCUAUUUGCAACAAGACAAUGCAAGACCUCACAUAGAAGUACAAGACAGAGACUUCAUGGAAGCUGUGCAAAAUUCCAACAAAGACUUAAGGUUAGUAUUCCAACCUCCGAACAGCCCAGAUAUGAAUGUGUUAGACCUUGGAUUUUUUAGGGCGAUACAAUCCCUCAAGGAUCAAACAGCCCCAAAAAACACCAAGGAGCUGGUCAAGAAUGUUAAAAAUGCAUUUAGGGAGUAUUGUCCAACUAAAGGGAAUAGAGUGUUCCUUAGUCUCCAAUUGGUGUUAAUUCAAGUGACGAGAGUAAAGGGGAGCAAUAAUUACUUGCAAAAACAUGUUGGAAAAGAAGCUUUAGAGAGACAAGGACUACUUCCUAUUGUUUUCUCUCCAUCUCCAAGUCUUGUUGAAGAAUGUUUGGCAUAUGUUGAAGCAAUGCAGUAG